AUGUCGUGGGCUUCUUUGCUGUCCAAAGACAAGGGAAAGACGGUGGACUUUGGGGCCCCGCAGCAGCACGUCUACGCGACGGACGACGCCAUUGACGAGACCGAGCGCCGGCUGCACAACCUCGCCCACGAAACCGCCUCCCCCCUCCGGCUUCCCGCCUUCGAGAAGGGCCUGCUGGUGUUGGACGCGAACGCGAUCAUCAAAGGCAUGGACAACCUGCUUACGAUUUCGGACGCCCUGGUGACGACGGCGCAGGUGAUCGCGGAGAUCCGGGAUCGAACCUCGCGCGAGCUCCUCCAGCGGCUUUCGGAGACGAUCGUUGUGUUGGACCCCACCCCUGACGCCAUCCACGCCGUCGUGGCCUGCGCGACGAAGACGGGGGAUUUGGGCGCGCUCUCCCGGACGGAUAUUCGCGUCUGCGCGCUGGCCCUGGACUGCGGGCGGGCGAUGAACGCCCUCCACCCCGCCAUUCAGCCCCUUCACCCCGAGGUGAAUCCCCCCUCGGGCGAGAUCGACGUCGUUCGCGAGGAGGUCACCGACGACGACGAGGACGAGGACGACUCCACCGCGGAGUCCUCCUCGGAUGACGACAGCGACGGCGGGGAGUGGAUCACCGCGGCGAAUAUCCACGAAUUUCAAAUGGGCGACCCCGUCCAUCGCCCUCGAGGCGAAAAGGAGCGGGCCAUGCAGUUUUUCGACGGCGGCGUCGCCUGCGUGACCUCGGAUUACGCAAUGCAGAACACUCUCCUCCACCUCGGCGUCCCCAUCGUCGGGAUGAGCGGGAUGCGAAUUCGCGAACUUCGGCUUUGGCUCCUUCGCUGUACCGCCUGCUUUACCCUCGUGAGCGAUACCACGCGGCAGUUCUGCCCGUCCUGCGGCUCUGGAGAUACCCUACGCCGAGUGAACUACGUCGUCGGGAUGGAUGGCAAAAAACAGCUUUUUAUCAACUUUAAAAAAUCCAUUAGUACGCGGGGGACCAUUUACAACCUGCCCAAGCCCAAAGGCGGCAAGCGAGGGACGAAUCGAACCCUCGUUCUGCGUGAGGAUCAGCUCGCGCAGGUCAUCAAGGGCACCUCGGGCGCCAAAAUAAAGGAGAAGCAAGCGAACUUUGCCGGUGGGGGCGACAAAUUGGAAGAGUUUGGCAUUCCCAUUCGGCAUAAAAAGCGCGAUAUGACGGAACCGAAGACCGUAUCCUCAUACCACAAGUAUAACAUGAACGAAAAGCGAAAGUUGCGGGCAUCUCGAAAGAAAUAA